UCACCUCUGGUCUAACUGACCAGCGAGGGGUAAAGACGCUAGCCUUUUCCGGGUCUGGGAAGAGAAAGAAGGUCACUUCCGGCGGCUGCGCUACGUCACUUCCUCCGAGGCUUGGCGUUCAGUCAGUGGGGACCCACGCGGGUUCAACAUGCGUAUCGAGAAGUGUUAUUUCUGUUCCGGGCCCAUCUACCCUGGCCACGGCAUGAUGUUCGUACGCAACGAUUGCAAGGUGUUCCGAUUUUGUAAAUCUAAAUGUCAUAAAAACUUUAAAAAGAAGCGCAAUCCUCGCAAAGUUAGGUGGACCAAAGCAUUCCGGAAAGCAGCUGGUAAAGAGCUUACAGUGGAUAAUUCAUUUGAAUUUGAAAAGCGUAGAAAUGAACCUAUCAAAUACCAGCGAGAGCUAUGGAAUAAAACUAUUGAUGCAAUGAAGAGAGUUGAAGAGAUCAAACAGAAACGCCAAGCUAAAUUUAUAAUGAACAGACUGAAGAAAAAUAAAGAGCUACAGAAAGUUCAGGAUAUCAAAGAAGUCAAGCAAAACAUCCAUCUUAUUCGAGCCCCUCUUGCAGGCAAAGGGAAGCAUUUGGAAGAGAAAAUGGUACAGCAGUUGCAAGAGGAUGUGGAUAUGGAAGACGCUUCUUAAAAAUCUCUGUAACCAUUUCUUUUAUGUGCAUUUGAAAAUGCCCUUUGGACACUUGGGACUGCUAAAUUAUUAGUUUAUUUUUUACACAAGGUCACUUAAAUGAAAAGUGAUUAAAGUAUAUUCUACAUAAAAAUGUUUUCUACAUUGCCAUCUAUAAAACAUCAGAUAUUACUGAUGUUACAUCGCAUCUCAGUGUUAAAUCUUCACUGACAGAUGUACUUACUCAUGAAAAUUCUGCUUAUAACUAUAGAAGUGAAUUGUGGAUGUGAAAUGCUUAUUCCAUUUGGAUAAUGGCACAGGGCAGCCUUUGUAUAAUAAGUAAUGGCAAAAAUUCAUGGUUAGUGAUGUAUAAAAUAAAAUAUUCUUUGCAGUAAAAUA